AGCAUCAUUGAAGAAAGGGAACACGAAGAGCAAGGAACCAAGGCGCGAUAAUUGAAGAACGAUGACCCAAGGCCGAUGCAUUUCCAAGUAAAAUUUCAGAUUCAAAGUUUAACUACGGGAGAAUGUAUGAAGCUACGCCGACAUCUCCUAUUAUCGCAGGCAUUUUAGAGGGAAAUGACAACUUGGAUGUCGGAAGUAGUUUCAUGAGUAUAUUUGAAAACGACAGUAAAGUCCUUCCAGAGACGUAUAUUCUCAGUAGAUGGCGGCGAGAUAUCAAGAGGACUUACACAGUUGUUCGGAUGGAAUAUGAUGGAUUGCCCCGUACAGUUGAGCAAAGGCGGUAUGACAUGCUUUGUGCAAAGUUCCAAGAAUUGGCCCAGAUCGCAGCUGAUGAUGAGGAACGCACAAAAGAUAUUGUGGCUUGGAUCGAUAAAGAACUGCUUAUCCCAUCUCUGAGAAAGGCAAGUGACGAACGUAUUCCUGAGAACAUGGAAUUAGACAACACUUUGACCAAAGCUAUAUUGGACCCUACUUAUUCGAAACGAAAAGGGGCCCCCAAGAAAAAUAGGCUAAAAUCUGUUUUCGAGACAAAAAACAGGAAACGAAAGCAAGACAAGAAGAUUCAAGAUGAUCACGGUAGGAACAAUAGUAGUGAACAACGUACGGUGAACAAGAGCAAGCGGGGAAACCCUGAAAAGCCAUCCACAACCCUUUUUACAAGCGUUGUUGACAUAGGUAGAGAAAAUUUGCCUACGCGGGAAUGGCCGGGAGAAGAUGGUGUCUAUGACCUAACUUGCCCAAAUAUUGAUCUCAGGCUAUGAAUCUCUAGACGGGCCAUCUUUUUUUGUUAAGA